AUGGACAUUUUCUACAACAAUAAGUGGGUUGAUUUCGGAUACCAAUUCCUUCUUAUGUUCUUCACCAACUUUAUGGGUUUUGGCUUGGCUGGUCUUGUUCGUAAAUUUGUUGUUUACCCAGAAUCAGCAAUCUGGCCAACAAAUUUACCCACCUUGGCUUUGAAUAGUGCAUUGAUGCAGCCAGAAAAGAAAGAGUCCAUCAAUGGUUGGAGAAUUAGCAGGUACAACUUCCUUUUCUUGACAACGGCUCUUUCUUUUCUUUGGUACUGGGUGCCAGAUUAUUUGUUCACAGCCCUUUCCACAUUCAACUGGAUGACUUGGAUUUCUCCAAACAAUGUCAACUUAGCUGUUAUUACUGGUUCGCAAAGUGGUCUUGGAUUGAAUCCAAUCUCUACAUUUGACUGGAAUAUCAUAAGUUUUCUCAACCCAUUGAUCUACCCCUUCUACACUCAACUCAACCUUUUUCUUGGAGGUCUUGUUGCUUUUGUGAUGACUGCUGCAUUCUGGUAUACCAACUAUAAGUGGACAGCUUACUUGCCAAUUAACUCAAACUCGUUGUUCACUAACACAGGUGACUACUACGAGGUUACAAAAGUUGUUGAUGAGAACAGUUUGUUUGAUCCUGAUGCAUAUGAGAAAUAUGGACCUCCAUUUUAUUCUGCCGGAAGUUUGGUAGUUUAUGGUGCAUUUUUCCUCAUCUACCCCUUCUCAUUUUUCCACAUCAUGAUAAUGAAAUGGAAACAAAUAAAGGGAGCUUUUGUGGGACUUUAUAAGACAUUCCGUAACAAGGAAAAGUCUUCUACUUAUGAUGGCUUUGAUGAUUCUUUUUCUAGAUCGAUGACAAAGUACAAGGAGACUCCUGAAUGGUGGUUUAUCGUCAUACUUGUCAUUUCGCUCGUUUUUGGAAUCUUGUGCGUUAAAUGUUAUCCAGCAGAGACUCCUGUAUGGUCUCUCUUCUUUGCUUUGGCUCUUAAUUUCAUUUUUUUGAUUCCUUUGAGUAUCAUUUACGCAACAACAGGUUUCCUGUUUGGUUUGAAUGUGCUAAUUGAAUUAAUCGUUGGGUACGCCAUACCAAACAAUGGCCUUGCGCUAAUGUUAGUUAAAGCGUUGGGAUAUAACAUCGAUGGACAAUGUCAGACUUUCCUUGGUGACUUGAAAAUUGGACACAAUCUUAGAAUUCCCCCAAGAGCAACUUUCAGAGUUCAAAUUAUCUCAACAAUCGUUUUCUCGUUUGUAUCCCUCGGUGUUGUGAAUCUCGCUAUGGAAACGAUCCAGGAUUACUGUCAUCCUCACCAGCCACAGAAGUUCACAUGUCCAAGCUCGACCACAUUCUAUUCUUCAUCCGUCUUAUGGGGAGUUAUUGGGCCAAAAAAGAUCUUCAGCGGAAUUUACCCUAAUUUGCGCUGGUGCUUUUUAAUCGGAUUCCUUCUUGCUUUCCCCGUUGUUUUCCUACAAAAGAUGUUUAAGAGAAACAGACUUGUGCAGACAUUCCAGCCAACCUUGAUUAUCGGAGGCAUGUUGAACUGGUCUCCAUACAACUUGACUUACUACACUCCCUCCUUUAUUGCAUCCUUCUUUUUCAUGUAUUACAUAAGAAAGAACCUUUUCGCAUGGUGGAGCAAGUAUAAUUAUGUUCUCUCAGGUGGAUUGAGUGCUGGUGUGGCUUUCAGCAGUGUGAUCAUCUUUUUCGCUGUCCAAUACCACGACAAGUCUAUUUCGUGGUGGGGUAACGAUGUCAACACCUACGGUGUGGACUAUGUGGGGCCUAUCAGACUCAAUGCAACCACCGAUGCUCCCGGAGGGUACUUCGGUCCUCGCCAGGGUCAUUACCCAUAA